CGGCUGGUUUGAGCUGGUGCGUCUCCAUGACGACGUGCUCGGCGUAUAAGUAGGCGGCGCGUCGCGCUGUCGGGCUUUGUCAGUCCCUGCUAGCCGCCGCCGCCGGCCGCCCUCAGCCAGCAGCUCGGCGCCACCUCGGGUCGGCGUCUGCGGCGGGCUCGACGAGGCGGCUGACGGGGCGGCGGCGGGCGGACGGCCAGGCGCUCCUCGGGGUUUGGCGGCGGCGGCGUCUCCAUGGGUCCGGCUAGCCGCGCCACGGUGCUGUGAGUGUUUCCACCGCUCCAAGGAGACAGCUUCAGAGUUCUUGGAUAAGUUGGCCUUGUGAGGAUCUGGAGAUAAUUUAAUUCCAUCUCUAGGUUUUCUGUAGGCACAUUGAAAACCAUGAGCAGCUUUACUAAGGACGAGUUUGACUGCCAUAUCCUCGAUGAAGGCUUUACUGCUAAGGACAUUCUGGACCAAAAAAUCAAUGAAGUCUCUUCCUCUGACGAUAAGGAUGCUUUCUAUGUUGCGGAUCUCGGAGACAUUCUAAAGAAGCAUCUGAGGUGGCUAAAAGCUCUUCCCCGGGUCACUCCCUUUUACGCAGUCAAGUGUAACGACAGCAAAGCCAUAGUGAGAACGCUAGCUGCCAUUGGUACAGGAUUUGACUGUGCAAGCAAGACUGAAAUACAGUUGGUGCAGGGGCUUGGGGUGCCUCCAGAGAGGAUUAUCUAUGCAAAUCCUUGUAAACAAGUGUCUCAAAUCAAGUAUGCUGCCAGUAACGGAGUCCAGAUGAUGACUUUUGACAGUGAAAUUGAAUUGAUGAAAGUUGCCAGAGCACAUCCAAAGGCAAAGUUGGUUUUGCGGAUUGCCACUGAUGAUUCCAAAGCAGUUUGUCGCCUCAGUGUUAAGUUUGGUGCCACACUCAAAACCAGCAGGCUUCUCUUGGAACGGGCAAAAGAGCUAAAUAUUGACGUCAUUGGUGUCAGCUUCCAUGUGGGCAGUGGAUGUACUGAUCCUGAGACCUUCGUGCAGGCAGUGUCAGAUGCCCGCUGUGUAUUUGACAUGGGAACAGAAGUGGGUUUCAGCAUGCAUCUGCUUGAUAUUGGUGGUGGCUUUCCUGGAUCUGAAGAUACAAAGCUUAAAUUUGAAGAGAUUACCAGUGUAAUCAACCCAGCUCUGGACAAGUACUUCCCGUCAGACUCUGGAGUGAGAAUCAUAGCUGAGCCAGGCAGAUACUAUGUCGCGUCAGCUUUCACACUUGCAGUCAACAUCAUUGCCAAAAAAACCAUGUGGAAGGAGCAGCCCGGCUCUGACGAUGAAGAUGAGUCAAAUGAGCAAACCUUCAUGUAUUACGUGAAUGAUGGAGUGUAUGGAUCCUUUAACUGCAUUCUUUAUGAUCAUGCACAUGUGAAGGCCCUGCUGCAGAAGAGACCCAAACCAGAUGAGAAGUAUUACUCAUCCAGCAUCUGGGGACCAACAUGUGAUGGCCUUGAUCGGAUCGUUGAGCGCUGUAACCUGCCUGAAUUGCAUGUGGGUGAUUGGAUGCUGUUUGAGAACAUGGGUGCAUACACUGUUGCUGCUGCUUCUACUUUCAAUGGGUUCCAGAGGCCAAACAUCUACUAUGUAAUGUCACGGCCAAUGUGGCAACUCAUGAAGCAGAUCCAGAGCCAUGGCUUCCCGCCGGAAGUGGAAGAGCAGGAUGAUGGCACUCUGCCCAUGUCUUGUGCCCAGGAGAGCGGGAUGGACCAUCACCCUGCAGCCUGUGCUUCUGCUAGAAUCAAUGUAUAGAUGCCAUUCUUGUAGCUCCUUACCUGCAAGUUUAGCUUGAAUUAAGGCAUUUGGGGGGACCAUUUAACUUAAUUACUGCUAGUUUGGAAUGUCUUUGUAAGAGUAGGGUUGGCACCAAUGCAGUAUGGAAGGCUAGGAGAUGGGGGUCACACUUACUGUGUUCCUAUGGAAACUUUGAAUAUUGUUUUAUAUGGAUUUUUAUUCACUUUUCAGACAUGAUACUAACGUGUGCCCCUCAGCUGCUGAACAAGCAUUUGUAGCUUGUACAUUGGCAGAAUGGGCCAAAGGCUUAUGUUGUGACCCAUUUUGAAAAUAAAGUAUCUUGAAAUAAUUGGGCAUUGGGAAAUGUUUGCAAGUAUCCCUUAAAGAAAGCACAGACUUCUGCACAGGCUGCUCUAUCACAGCUGAGUAUAGCUCAGCUCAGCAGAGCAGAGAGGUGGAUGGCACAAGGCUGUGCCCUCUGUACAGCAUCAGUCUGCUUAGCCCAUCCCAAGUGUGUGCAGUUGGCUGUGAACGUUGGUGCCCAGAGACUGUUGGUAAGGAAUGUCAUCUGCCUAGUGUUGGCAUGGCCACUUCCUAGGGAGGGCAUCCGAGGCUCUCUGAACCUUGCCUGCAGAAACCCUGACUGUUCCCUCAACCCUUAACUUCACCUGCAUCACCACCUAGUAACAGUUGGAAGUAUCAUACAGCAUUUGGCAGUCAACCUCCUGGAAUAAAUUCAACAACAGCAA